UUUCUCAGCCAGUCAGCAUAGAGCUCAUUUGCAUACAUGAAAUCAAACAUUCACAAACGCUAGAAAUGAAUCACUUAAAUUCCUUAGAAUAUUGUUUUUCUUACCGAAGGUCAUAAUAUGUCCUAUUGCUUCUACAUUAGCAGGGGUUCGAAAAGCAUCACUUUGAUCUCACCCUCACUAAUAAUGGAGUUAAUGUACACCCCAAGUUGGCUCCACACUUUGUUUUGGAAGUGUUGCAGCUCUUUUAGAAUUUGUCUAGCAGGCUUUCUGGCAGUUGCCGGAAAGCCCCUCUCACAUGAUUUGUCUGUAACGACAGAAUUGGUCUUGCUGGUUCUUUAUUUUUCCCGGAUAAGUAGUCGGGAAUUUACAGUCCCUGAGAUUAAGGCUCAGCUAACACUUCCGGCUACGGAUGAUGCUGUUUCCCCUCCGCCUCCACCAGCCUUGAGAACUGCUGUAGGAGGUGGCUUGUUUGUCUAGGUUUUUCAUUUCUCGUUUUUAUUUUAUAUCUUCGCUGCACGUGCAGCUUUCGUCGUUCUAUGGCGUCUGCCGCGGCCCAACCCGCGCCCCUGAGCGCGGAGCAGGCCAAGGUGGUCCUGGCGGAGGUGAUCCAGGCGUUUUCGGCCCCGGAGAACGCCGUGCGCAUGGAUGAGGCUAGAGACAAUGCGUGCAACGACAUGGGCAAGAUGCUGCAAUUCGUGCUGCCCGUGGCCACGCAGAUCCAACAAGAGGUUAUCAAAGCUUAUGGCUUCAGCUGCGACGGGGAAGGUGUCCUUAAGUUUGCUCGCUUGGUUAAAUCCUAUGAAGCCCAGGAUCCUGAGAUUGCCAGCCUGUCAGGAAAGCUGAAGGCUCUGUUCUUACCACCCAUGACGCUGCCGCCCCAUGGGCCUGCUUCUGGUGGCAGCGUGGCUGCCUCCUGAGAGUUGGCCUUUCCCUGUGCUGCUGCAAGGGAGAGGAAGAAUCUCAGGUGUUUCAGAGGAAAAUAAAUGUACCUGUGACUUAA